GGCCGUCAUAUUACUCCUGGUCUUUCCAUUUUUCCCCUCGAACGUCGUCCACCCAAGACCUACCGGCACUGGAGUGUUGCAUAGUUCAUGAAGCGGCUUCAUAGCGACCGAUAGACGACCUGGUACGGCCACCACCUCUCAUGGAGUCAAAUAUGGUCGCAGAUAUAUCGCCACUAAUCAACAAUGUCACGCCGACCUCCAACCACAUUCACACCAACGGCAGCAUUGAGCUGAAUAUCGAAGAACACGAGCGCGAGCUUCCUUUUGUUGACGAUGGCCAAAUACCCUUGGGCAAUCUGCUUUCACGCGUCAUGCAGACCAUUUACGCCGAGCUGUCAGAAUUGGCUGAGACUAUGCCGAACAUGUCGGAUAGUGCUCGAAAGCGUACCAUGGCUGAUUGGGUAGUGAAGACGAAGAAGCAGGUGGUCAAACUUUAUGCUGUGGCGAAGUGGGCACGAGAUGCGGGCACGGUGCAGAAGUGCAUGAACAUUACUGCUUUUCUCAUGAAUCAAAAUCAGCAAUUCACCGACGUUCUUCGUUCGCUUGAAGCAAUACGUGAUGGGAUGGCCCCUGCACGUCUUCGAAAUCACGAUCUGUUGACUUCUCUGGACGUUCUUACGACUGGAUCCUACAGGCGCCUCCCCACCAUCAUUAAGAAAAUCAUAAUACCGCCCCGUCCUUUAACGGACGCGGAAGUUCUAAAGACACUUACUGACAUGGAAGAUGUCAUGCGCUAUCGACUCAGGUUAACAGAGAUUAUCCCCGUGGAAAUGUCGCAUUAUCGAAUAUCCAACGGUCGGGUUUAUUUUACCGCCCCAAAAUUGUUUGAGACAUCUAUAUGUUUGCGAGGCGCCGAGAAAGAUGAUGGCUGGUUCUUUGUUCAUGUCGAGUUUCUGAUUACCGUGGGAGGAGAUGCUACUGGUAUUCAAGAGUUUCCGCGAAUACCGACGAGCAUAAUGAAACGCCAUCUAACGGAUGAGGCCGACUCAAGACUUGCUUUCUAUCUACCGAUGCCAGAACAACCACCAGGCAUUGAGCUUCCCCCGCGGCCUGUACUUCCUGAAGGCGUCGUUGACACGCCUCUGGUCCGAUUGUACAACUUUCUUCAGAUCAUGUCUUUAUCUUACCAGCUGGAGAUUCUUUGGUAUCAGGCUGAGAGAAUGCGUUCCCUUGGGUGGGCGGAGUUUCUGUCCGUGAAUAUGACUCCCGAUCGGAAAAUUAUGACUGUUACUUACUGGAGGAGAAAGCGCAUGCCGAACAUGGGGCUACGCUAUCGGUCAAUCAGGAUACCAGAAAUAGGCGGGAAACUCAUCAUUGCCAUUCUUGAAGCACGUGCAUCCGUCCAAGCAGGCGGUGGGCCUGAGCGCUCCUCCAAAGCCCGCGUCCUAGCUGAUCUCCAGCAAAAAUCGAAACUGGGAACCAAGCGACCUUCGGAUGAAGUUGAAGGGCUGCGGUUCAAAGUGACAUGGGAACCGGAACAAGGCGCACUGGGAGUGCAGCUACCACCAGAAGAGUUAAUUUUACCUGUUAAAAUGCUCACGAUAAAUGCUGAUGAUUUGGAUUUUGAGUCACUAUUGCUCAAGGUGAUACAGAGACACGCGAACUCGAUCAUAUCUAUGAUCCAGUUGAAUCUACAACGUGGUCCAUCCAGAGCAGUAUUCGGUGCACCCGGGGUGGUGACUUUGAAUGAAGAGGAUAAUUCGCGCGGUCUUCGUGUGAGACUUUGCGCAGAUGAAAUAGUCAUCAUUACUAUAGAUCCGCGGACGGGAAGACUAAAUCUUCGAGAUACCGGCGAUCUUGCGGCAGCAGGGCGUGGACCACGCUUUUUUGCCGUAUCCGAAAAAAUCAACGAGAAUCCAUCUAUGCUGAUGGAUGCAUUGGUUCGACUGCGGCUCCAGACGAUUUUGGAUCUCGCGGAGCAAAUGGCCAAAUAUCUUGGCUUGCAGAGUUUCCGGUCGCGGAAUUUCCCUCCAGAAGAGAAACGCAAACUUGGGCCAUCAGCACGAGGAACACUUUACAUUCAACUAGAGCACUUUCCCGAUCACUACCUUGUCAUCGUUAUUACAGAUGACAACUUUCAGUACGCGCUCAUCACAUCCAAGGUUCUUCGGGAAUCAAUGUUUGCGAACUUGGUUAUGGAAGAUAUUGGCUGGCUGGAUUUCGAAAGGAUACACGGGCAUGGUGAAGACAUUGCUCGGCCGGAUGCUGAGGUAAGGGCCGGAAUAAAGAGGAAAUGGAGCGUGGACGAUGGUCUUAGCGUGCCAUACACGGAAGCAGAUCGCAAAGGCUUUAACCUGGAUACACAAGUCUUACGAGAGCUUUAUAGCUAUUGUUGCGCCCGCGUCGCCUACACCAAGGUUGAGCGCCAAUUCAAGUUACGGAAAAUUCAGUUCACCCACGUCACUCCCUCCUCCUCCUCCUCCUCCGUCAACCCACUCGCCACUGAACUUCAGUCUUCACUCGUGCGUUCUGUUCCGUCGUUAUGCGUUCAAUCCAAGCAUAUUCUCGCGGGCGCACCUGCCGCCGAAGCCGCCAUGCCCAAUAUACGUGUUAUUCCGCUCAACUGGUGGUCAGACUCAGAGUCUGGCAAAGGUGCUCAGGUCGUUACUUGUGUCAAGUUGAAGUACGUCUACGUUUCAAAAUCGGGUGAAGGGACCAGCUCGAUUAUCCGUCCUUCCAAACGGAUAAUAUACGACACUACCGAAGCCAUUGUAUGUUUCCUCUCUGAAAAUGUCAAUACCUGUGUGGAUGAGUUUUUGGAGGAAUGGGCGCGGGUGAGCAAGAUGGUGGUGAUAGCACGAGAGGUAGCCCAAUUGAAGGGUCGAAAAGGAUGGGAGGAUGUCCGGCUGCUGGAUUUCGAUCUACAGACAGCGCUAUUUGCCUAUAAGGGUGACUACACUGUGUCGAUAACAUGUGAGGAUCAGCUGAAAUCGACUGGUGGGACGUUCGAGCUGCGCUUUGGUCGUAUGGGCAAUGUGGAUGAUGGCAGAAACCCUCAUUCGGAAGCGGAGCCUUUCUUGCGCAAGGUCCUUCAUGCGGGGAAGCUUGGGCCUUCCGUGCAUCGGCUGGUCAUGCUCCUCCGAGAUACCCUUCCUAUCGUUGUAGAGCUCUCCGGGUUUAUCGGUGUAGACUCGUUUGCUAAAAGCGCAGGAUGGUAUCGCGUACUCUAUCGAUCUCGUCAUGCCCUCGACUUUAGGCUGAUGACUGAGCGGAGGAUUGCAAUUCUUGAUGGGUCGCAUUCACUGUUCUCGUUGCCGUCGACGACCACUCCUGUCGAUGAUGCUCAGCUGGGACUCCGGCCAAUCCCUAACUUCACCCAGAUAAUUAAUGAGCUUUCUGGUCCAGGUAGAAGGCUUGAUGUUGGCGUCGUCUGUCGGGUGGAAGAAGUGGGUGUUAUUGCGAGAGAAGUGCAUGAGCGUGUCGUCAAGCAAUUGGAGGCUCGAUGAGAUGUAUUUACUGGGCUUGUACUUAGUGUACGGUUGUAUAAUCCGUUUUGUACAGUAGAAAUGUACAGGCCACUGCGAGACAUUGAACGCGCAUUGAGUAGUUAACCUCAUAUGACAGCGUACGACAUGAAUUAUAAUAUUAAAUCAUAUAAGUUAUACUGC